AAAAUUAUUUUGGAUAUGAAAAUGAAUACCACUGUUAUAGUUCAAUUAACUUUGAAUACCAAUUUUGUGAUUAAAUAAUUCUAUCAAUUUAUUAUUAUUAACAUAUUUGUUACUCCAAUUUUUAGUGUGGAAUUGUUAUAUUAAAUUAAUCAUGGGUCGUAUCUUUCUCGAACAUAUUGGAGGUUCAAGAUUGUUUGCAUGUGCAAACUGUGAUACAUCAUUGACAAAUCGUGUGGAAUUAAUAUCUAUGAGAUUUACUGGAGCUACUGGACGAGCAUAUUUGUUCAACAAGGUGGUAAACUUGACUUACAGUGAAGUUCAAGAUAGAGUCAUGUUGACGGGUCGUCAUAUGGUACGAGAUGUUUGCUGUAGAAAUUGUAAGACUAAGCUGGGAUGGAUGUAUGAGUAUGCAACAGAAGAAGCACAGAGAUACAAAGAGGGAAGAAUAAUAUUGGAACGAGCUCUCAUAAUGGAAAGUGAUGGAUUUGAAGAAACACCAAAACCAUCUGUACAUAGCAUUAGAAAGAGAAUGAAUCAGGCAACUGUAACAACAAAUUCAUCAAACAGUGAUGAUGCUACAGGGGUAUGGACCAGCGAGUAACUGUUUUCGUAACAAAACAUAGUGAAACUGUUAUUGUUGUUACGUGGGACAUGUUGGACUGACUCGGUGAAUGACAACGUAUCGAAGUUUGCCAGAGGAUGUUACUAUCAUACACAAAAAAUACUAGUGUUUGGCCUAUGAAUAAUCAGGUACCAGGAUAUGCCAAGCCGCUGAUGGGAUUUUAUCAUUUAUGUUUAUAUGUUCAAAUUGAAAUUAUGAAGAGAAGUUGAUGCCAAA